UGCAAUAGUGUUUGUGUUUUGCAAUCAAAACGUGUAUUCAAUUGAAUUGCAUUUGAUUUCUAUUGACAGCAAUCAGUGGCUAAAAGUUUGGGACACUUUUGUGACACAAAUGCCGGGCUUUGAGACGAACCGCUUUGAAGGACUGUCCGACUUCUUGGCCAAACACCUCAAGUGCUGUAUUUGUCUUAACAUCUUCGACAGAGCCGUGUCCAACGAUUGCGGACACACUUUCUGCAGGACAUGUAUCCGAGACUGGAUUUGCAGCCAUAAAGACGACUGUCCGGAGUGUCGGCACCCGUUAUCCACCAGAAAGAGGUCCAUUGGGUUCGCCAUCGACAGCAACACUCUCUUCAUUAUCGGUGGCUUUGUUCUCGAGUACAACCUUAAGAUCAAUUCAAUGGUCAGCGAAAUGAAGAUGAAAUGCAGUUACGAGUCGAGAGGCUGUCCCGAAGUACUCGAAUUGGAUCUAAUGGUGAUUCACGAGAAGAACUGUUUGUAUCGCUUGUGUUCGACGUGUGGGAUGUGUUUCGGGGGACAACUCGAUGGACACGAUUGCGUCCAACUGUUGAUCAGUGAUCGCAAUCAAUACAAAGACAGACUCCAAGAGUCGGACACCCAAUGCAAGGAUUUGGAGAAACGGGUGAACGAGUGGAAGAGGAAAAUGAAUUUAUUCAAGCAUUUGCUAGAAUUGAGUAAAAUUCAGUCCAAGAAGUUGAAGGACAAGAACACGAGACUCGAGAACGAGAUUCAAUUGAAGAUCGAAAACGAGUUUCUUUUGAAGCAAUCGUUGGAUAAACUGAUGAACAAACCCAACGACGAGUCCACGGAUGAGGAGUCCACUGAUGGAUGCGAAGGAGUAAUGGCACCCGAAGUGCAAACCACGAGUCAAUACGUGCCAGUCAUCCGACGCCCAGUGCGGUCGGUGGCCAUUGAUUGCGAUUACAUAACUUUCGGCACAUUUCGAGGCCUGAGUCGGACGGUAGAGCUGAACAAAGAGGGAAUUACACUCAAACGGAUUCGCAUGGAGUGCAUAGACCUCAUGGCGACCGACAGUAUUUGCGUCAAAUGGCUUGAGAUGCGGGAACUGCUCUACUGUUUGGAUCCAUUACUUCCCGUCAUAUUUGUACUGCCCUUAUAUGAGGCCAGUCUUGGGAUCAAGAGUUGGAUCGAUUCGGCGCAGGAGACCAGCGAUAGCGAAGAGUUCGACACCAUUGCUGAAGACCCGAAGGUUCGUUACAUAAAGAUAGUGCUGAAGACAUGCAUUAGUAUAGAAGUGGUGAACGUUUUGAAGCGCUAUAAUGAGGGCAAUACUGUGUGCGAGUGUCGACCCGUGUCUGUGGACGGCGCCAAAAAGCUACUCUUCCGCUACAGCACUCGUAGCACUCGAUAAUUGUGUACUAAUUCUGAUUCAAUGUUCUCUAUAUCCUAAUCAAGACAUAUAUUUAUAUUAUUCUCUGUAUAAUUUGUAUUAACAUUUAAAUGUAAUCUCAAAGGAGUCGUAAAAUAUAUAAUUUAAAUAAAACUACGG